AUAAUUUCAUCCCGCUGCCAAUCUCAUCCUCUCGUCCUCUCAUUCCCCCCUCAACGCCAGCCUCUUUUGCAGAAAAGCUGCGGCAUGGGGCCAGUGGUGAUCCGCUUACCAUCACUGCAGCAAUCCUCAAUACCUGUCCAUCGGGUUGUUUCUGCAGAUUCUUGAUACUCCUCCCAGGAAUCGACAAAGCGAUGUUCCAGUCUUUCACAGGAAACUCUCGCCGUCCCCGGCAAGUGAACCUUGCUGGCCGGAACACCAACCCUUUCGCCGCUUAUCCCUCCGGACGGCAGAAUCCCCACGGCCCCGGUCCUCAGAAUACCCUCGCAAUCGCACAGCAGGAACGCUUAUUGAGACAGCAGGAGAGGGAUCGUUUAGGGGCCAGUCGGGUCGUUCAGCGGACCUGGAGGGGUUACCGGACCCGGAAGAGAACGUACGAGACAUGGCGGGAGGAGUGGGAUGCGACGGAGCGCGAGCGAGCAGGGCCUUUCCUAGCCUUCGAUGACCUGGCGAAGCUGCAGGGUGGUGUUCUGCCCCCUGCCGCUCCGUUUGGGACGGCGACCGCGUGCCUCUCCCAGCUGCGUCUCCUGGUUCAGGUCUUCGAGCCUUGGAACCGGAGUGAUGUUGUUCGGUUGGUAUAUUUCUCAGAUGCUUUCCAGCAAACACUACAUGAGGUUCCCUCUCUUGCGACCGAGGGAGAGUGGACGAUGCUGUUGAAACGCCUUGCGAAGCAUGCCUUGCGAGUUCUGCAAUCCGCAACCUCUCCAACGGUACCUGCAUUUGCGCUUAGCCGUCUCCUCCGGCUCUUGGUCUUCCUCACCAGCCUCAUCCCUAAACAGAUGGCACGUCUUGCGCCGGACUAUUAUUCUACGAUGGCCAUUCUGACAAGGAAUGUUGAAGUCAUCUCGAAUCGAUCUGACUUGUCACUCUCCGAUCUGACGCAGAGUGUUCUUGCAUUGCUUUUGCCGAUUACAUCGGAAACUCUGACCGCUUACGAGUGGUUUGCGAGGAGUUAUCUGACAAUACCCGAUCUUGUGGCGGUUCUAGGGUCGUUGGAUGUACUGGCGAACAAUCUCAAUUACAAGCUCCUCACGUCCGCUUUAGCUCCUCUGCAGUCUAAUUUGCCAGACCGCUGUCAAGGCCUAGAAGACGUAGAUUCCCGUCUCUGGCUUCUUGCGUAUUUUGUAUAUUUCCACAGAUAUGUAUUGGGGAACCAAGCUGGUCGUCAUGCCCCGGAGCUUGGUUUCGUGAGGGUCGUCUCGGAGCUUCUAAAUUCUACAGCGGUGCACAUAUCUCGACGCCUCGAGUCGGAAGAAUCGAUGGAUUUUGAUGAUCCCCCAAAGAAAACAACCCCCCUACACCCAUUCAUCAAAGACCAGCUAUGCAGCCUGGUUAACCAAAGCAGCAUUACUGGGUUGCUUUCGCAGCUUCCGUCCACUCAUCUGUCUCAGGGCGAGCUCGCAGACUCUAAUUCCGAUGCAUCAAGGGAAGCCAAGGUUUUGGCUACUUAUGCAUUGACCUUACUCAGAGUUUUCCCUCGACGGGGCGACGAUAUCCGCAUGUGGCUAUACUUGGGCUCAGCUACCCUAAUCGACCAAUCGACCGGUGGAGAAGGAUCCAGAAUACCGGCGAUUAAGUAUUUCUGGCAUGCGUCUCGGUCGAGUCGAUUAUUUUCCGUGAUCAGUCAAGACUCUACGAAAGUAUUAUCCUUGUUGAAGCCAGUCGACACCACGGCCAUCCGAUCCGCAGCAGGCCUUUCCCAAAUUGAGAGGGACCAAGAGUGGACGAUUGUCCUGCUUUUCCUCGAGCUAUAUACCUUUGUUCUCAAAGUAAUGGAUGAUGACGAGUUCUUUUCGAGCGGAUCUUCUUUUACGGCUUCAACCAACGCCCGUGUAUCGUGGACGAGGGAGAGUGCUCUCCCGUUGGAGGACAUCAAGGAUAUGACCGUCUUCCUCAAAAACCUUGCAUUUACGUUGUACUGGAACUCGGGAGAUUUGAACGAAAAUGAAAUGGUCCAAGAUACGGGCGGCAUCCGCAGUUACUUCAACUCAGCCACUCCACAGCCUGAUUCCAUUACAAGCGUCCGGGACAUUGAGAUCAAGAACAAGGAGCAGGGACUUCCCGGGGUUACCGGCAUCCCUCUUGACUACUUCAAAGGUCUUGUAACCGGGCUGUUGAGGAUGAUUCAUGAGCGUGAUUCGCGCCGCCGGUUUCUUCCGGACGGGCAUUGGUUGAUGACUAGCCGGUUUGACAUGGAAGGGUUCAUCCCCGCUGUUGUCGCAGAGGAGGAGAGCAGGCAUCAGCUGCAGGACGAGGAUGAAGCAGCGGAACAGGACGAUCUCAUGAGUGACGCUUAUUCCGAACCUUCUUUGGGAUUGAUUGGAACUGGCCGUGUUCAGCAAGCACGCCGUAUCGAAGCCCUUCGACGCCGUCAGCAGCAAGCCGCGCGCCGAAAACAGUUGGAAGCGGUCGCUCCACGGCUUGAAAUCCUCAAAAAUAUGCCCUUCUUCAUCCCGUUCCCCACGCGAGUGCAGAUUUUCCGCGAAUUCAUCUAUCGGGAUCAGAUACGGCGCAGACAAGGCUACAUCGACGCCGACUCCUGGCGGAUGUCUGUCGCCCAGGCCUCCAUGGGGCGGAUGAUCGAUGGCCGUCCCGCCGUGCAUGACAUCUUGAGUCGCCACCAUGCUAAUAUUCGACGCGAGAGUGUGUUUGAGGACGCAUUCGACCAGUUCUACGAGCUAGGAGAGGGCCUCAAGGAGCCCAUUCAAAUUACAUUUAUCGAUCAGUUCAAUACCGCCGAAGCGGGCAUCGAUGGCGGCGGCGUCACCAAAGAGUUUCUUACCAGUGUUACCAACGAAGCAUUCAAGUCCCCCGGCGAUCUGAGUUUGUUCGAGGAGAACGACCAGCACCUGCUCUAUCCCAACCCGGUCGCGGUCGAGCAACGGAAGGAGCACCUUCGACAGCUCGAGUUCAAGGAAGGCAGUCCCGAAUGGAACGAGCAGGUGCGCAAUCUCCUCCGACGGUAUGAGUUUCUCGGUCGAGUGAUUGGAAAGUGCCUGUACGAAGGGAUUCUGGUAGAUGUUGGGUUUGCACCCUUUUUCCUGCUGAAGUGGGCGUUGACGGGCGGAGUGGGUUCUGCCCAACGGGAGACGGCAUACCGAGCGCACCUGAACGAUCUGAAGGAUCUUGACUCGGGGCUUUACCAAGGGUUGCUGCAAUUGAAAAACUACCCGGAAGAUGUGGAAGACUUCUCCCUCAACUUUACUGUGACGGAUACCAUCCCGCUUCCCAACGGAGGCAACCGCACGAUCACGCGAGAUUUAAAGAGUAGCGGGUCCGAUAUCGUUGUGACCAACCAGAACCGGCUGGUCUAUAUCUCGUAUAUUGCUCGGUAUCGACUUCAGGUGCAGCCGGCGAUGCAAACCCAUGCAUUCUUGCAGGGGCUGGGACAGAUCAUCCAGCCGGCGUGGCUGUCCAUGUUCAACCAGACGGAGAUGCAGACGCUCGUGAGUGGGGAGUCGGGCGAUAUCGACGUGAUGGAUUUGCGACGCCACACGCAAUACGGGGGAGUGUACACGAUCGGGGACGACAAAGAAGAGCAUCCUACCGUCCAACUCUUCUGGGAGGUGAUGGAGGGGAUGACCAACGAGGAACGACAGAAGGUAUUACGAUUUGUGACCUCAACUCCCCGGGCGCCAUUGCUGGGGUUCAGCCAUCUGAACCCCCGGUUUAGUAUCCGUGAUUCCAGCGAAGACCAGGAACGGCUUCCAAGCACCAGCACCUGUGUGAAUCUCCUGAAGCUGCCACGAUACCGGAGUGCAGAGGUAUUGCGGGAGAAGCUCUUGUAUGCGGUGAAUUCGGGGGCCGGAUUUGACCUCAGCUAGACCUUUCUUUUCUUUCUUUUCUUUCUUUCUUUCUUUCUUUCUUUCUUUCUUUCUUGAACAGUGCAUAGCGGGCGUAUUCUUUUUUAUUAUCUCUUGCUUCUUCUUCUUUCUUGUAUAGACUCGAGUGCUGGAGCCCUUAAAGCGGCGCCCACUAACCCAGAUAGGUUUAGUGUAAUACGCGAACGAAAAAUACGAAC